AUGUGCUCCUCAUUUGUUCCCACUUGGGGAUUACCGUCUGAAGUGGCAUGGCCUGUGGAUUAUCCGAGCCCUGCAGUUGAACCCUCUCUUUCGAGUCGAGUGGAGAAGUGCAUCUCUCCCCCGUUGAGUCCGUGUUCUGUAUGUCUCGCUCUCUAUGGCCUCUCCCCCUCUCUCUCUCUCUCUUCUGGUACUUGUGGACACUUAACGAGUGGAGCCAACUCCGAGCGAGGCUCUUCUUCAUCAUUCCGGCCUAGGGAUUACCAAAACAGGCUCAAGAGCCAACCUGAAGCGAUUGGCCGAUUGGCGUUCUACACAGCUACAAUCCUGUUCUGCAUACUUUUGGCCAGGGACACCAGCAACUCUAUCCGCGUGUACACUUCUGCGAUUGUGUGCACAUGUGACCAAGUUUUUCUGGCAACUCACAGGUUCAUCGCGCAUGUGAAGAAGAUUAGUGGACGUAAUUAA